UGCCUGUGUAUAGGGAAAUACGUACUUGUGUGCCAUCAUGGGUAUAAGUGGUAAGUGGGUGAGGGAGAUACCGAGUCAAGGUACUAAUAUCGUAUCACAUGCUACUCUCUUUCUCUCUCUCUCUCUCUCUCUCUCUCUCUCUCUCUCUCUCUCUCUCUCUCUCUCUCUCUCUCUCUCUCUCUCUCUCUCUCUCUCUCUCUCUCUCUCUUUUUUCUCUCUCACUUCUUCCCGCUUCUCACUCUCCCCUUGGCAUGCUCAUCACACACUCGUUCUUCUUUCUCCUUUUCUCACCUGCUCGGUUUUGCUCACAGGUAGCCAGUCAAUGGCUAAUGACGUGUGAUCGUGGUCUGUACGGUAGGCAUCUCCUCCUUCUUUGUCGAAGCACCGGGCAGCGCCGCCUCCUCCGCUUCAAUUCUGACCAGUACCUAUAGCCAGGUGCCCGUAGUGUUGCUAUUGUAAAUAUCUACCUCUGAUGACCCCCAGAUCAAUUUAAGUGUUUUGCGGAGUGUCGAGACUCCUCUUAGUCUCCUACCUGCUUC